AUGUGGACUGCCAGCGGCCCGUUGGCGCUGCAUGCGCUGCAUGCACUGCAUGCACUGCACGCGCUGCACCUCACCGUGGGUUUCGCGGAGGCGGACGUAGGGGUUCAUGUGCGCUCGGACCUGAUGGAUUUUCCCGAGGAAAAACGCAAGCGGAAACGCUUCAAGAGCGGUUGCAAGUUCACGGGCACCAAAGUCAGGUUGGAAUGCAGUGCUGAGUCCAGCUCCAACUUUCAGCCGCUCCCGCAGCCCUUCACCUUUCGCAUUGACUGCAGAGGGGCGAAGGGAAACUUCCAAAAUCUGACGCUGUAUGGUUUGGGCAAAGCCUGUGGCCGACUGGCCUAUAAGAAGUACUACAAGAAGAAUGGAAACAACUCAGGCCAUUUGCCGAUCCCAACAACUCCUUGGCUGCCCUUGAUUUCUGAUCAUAUUGUGACCUUAGAGAAGGAUGAUGUGAUGGACCUCCAGUGUGUGCUCCUGCCCUUUGACAUCCCCUUUCCCCAUUGGCAGAAUCCAACGACAGGCAAGAAUUGUUGGCAUGUAAGUCUCAAUUUUAUUAAGGAUGGCCUGAUUCAGUCCGAAAAAGAUCAGCUGUUCAUCGACUUCGGCCUCUCUUCCCCUUUGAGCAUUCGUCCAUCUUGUGCCGUAGCCGUGGAGAAGACUUAUGAGUGGACGAUGGAGUUGUGGGAAUCCAUCAAUUAUACCCAUUUUCUCCGCCUCAAAAGCCCCACCUUGGGGCUCCUUGAACCCCCCAAGCUGGAUCUGGAGACGCAGCAGGGGGAAAUUUUUCAGGUGGACAAAGACUUCUUGAAGGUAAGUGUAUUGGAAGCUACCAGUGAUUGGCGAUUUCAUCAGCCUUCUGAGAGGUUGGUGAAGUUUGAUGAAACUUUCUACAGCUCUUCCAUUGGUCCCAAUGGGAGUUUUGCGGUGGACUUGAAGCUGGAAGUGAACCCUGAUGCACUUCCAGAUGCAGAAAAUGUUAAUGUGACGCUGCAAGUGACGUUUCCCAAGAAAAUGGACCCAACGGUGUUUUCCGUGAUGAUUCCUAUGAACAACACAGGAGUACCAGCUGAGGGCGAAUCUUAUUCCAUGGUGAUUUGGUUCAUUGUGUUCUUGAUGCUGAUCUUUCUGGUGGCCGCCGUGGGCUAUGUCUACCGGGAUGAAGUGGCACAAAGUUUCUUCUUCCCAACGGUCCCAACGUCCAGUGAAAGGCACCAAAGCUCCAUCGAGCUGCGGAGUCUCAAAGUGAAACAGUCCCUUAACUGUGCCGCCACGGACUGUGAUUGCGAUACGGGCGGCUGCGCACUGGAUAGCGAGCGACCGAAACUUUGUGCCACUGCGCUGGGUGGCGGACGAGGACUUUCUCGUAUUUUUGGUGCCACCGGAACCGUGCUUUGGCUCACGAAAAACACCAAAAGUCGGCAACUGGGCCAGAUGGAUUUGGACGAAGUUUCCUUGCUGAAGGAUAUUCAGCAUGCCGACGAAGCACUUCCGGGCCGCGGCAGUAGUGGCGGAAAACUGCGGCUGUUUGCUCUGGCCAUCCUGACCCUCGUGACCGUCGUAGUGGGCGCUACAUGGCGCGUUUGGCAGGGCGGCGAGCCUGGUGAUGGGUGGCCGCAACAAGCAAAGAUCUUGGAGAAAAUGAUUUUGUACCAGAAAGUGCGACUCUUGCGCAAUGUGACGGAGGAAGAACUGGAGAAACACCAUGUGGACGUGGUAUCUCUGCCUCCCUUGGGCCACUUAUUUUGGCAGCAGCGCGAGACGCGUCUCAUGGCUCGAAAUCUGGGCUAUAAGACCUCACUGAGCGAUGGAAAGCUGACGAUUUCCGUUGAAUCCAGCACCUCGACAUCCGAUGUUGAAUCCGUUGGAAGGAGAUGGUUUGAAAAUUGCGAGGACUCCCAACGUUUCUAUAUAUGGUUUGAAAUCGGUUUAUCAUAG